UCGCUUUUGGUCUUGCGCUGACCCGACGUAUGAGCCCAAAAUCACUCGGCUUCAACAAUCGCACCUUCCAAGGCUCUAAGGCCAGCUUGUCGAUCUCUCUCCUCCGAUGAGCGAGGAUGUUACCGCAACAACGACUGUUCCUUCAGUCGAACCCACGCCCAUUCAGCAAUCAAGCCGACGGUUACUUAUCCUGCUCCCGGAUAGCGAGAGUGCCCGUGCCGCGGCAAGGACGGCACCGGUUUCCGUCUAACUCGUGCUGCCUCAGCGAUCAAGCCCCUGUUAUUACUCAGCUUCAGAAAGUAAGCAAGCAGCAGAUUACUCAUCGCCCCCCCCUGACAGUGCGAAUCGCAGAGCAACCACGACUGCGCCUUCGGUCUGACUCGCGCUGCUGCAGCGACCAAGCAGCAACAUCCUCCUCCUCUCUCCCACACAGCGUCACUGUCGCAGCAACUACGACCAUGCUCCUCGUCUCACAUGCACUACUCCAGCAACAAAGUCGCAUAGUAGCCAUCCCUUUCCAAGGCAGCAAUGAUGCCGCGGCUAUUGCAGGAUGGCCCCCGACCUGGAUCUCUCUCGCGCCGCAUUCGCCGAGGCCUUGCAAGAGUGAAGCUGUGUGUGCAUGUUCGUGCACCCACGCGGGUGUGUGGGAGAAAGCCAAUACGAGGAGCAACUAUAUAAUGCGCGACUUCUGUCAAACUCACAGGCGAGACAAGGACGGAUGGGCAAAUCGUCGAGUGUGGCGUAGUGGCGUCAGCGCCGGGGCGGUCGUGGGCAAGAGGGCAAGUCGGGAGUUCGAACCCGGUCUGUGUCCGCACACUUCAAGAACCGUUUCCGUAAUACACAUUACUAGUAGAUAGAUAAAAAGCAAACCCCGCUGGACUUCGGUUGGACGGGUUUCUCUCCCCUUCACUAGAAGGGCAGUUCUUUUGCUUCCGCCGAGGUCUACAUUCCGUCAGGAAGUGUUGCUUUUUUGCUCUUGGAAGUAUUCACCAAGCACAUGGUCUGAGUUGCCUCAGUGAUGAAGCAGCCGAGCCGUUUUUUCGCGCCUCUCAGAGAAGGAGAAAUCGCGACAAUGGCCACCUCACGCGAAGUCCUGAGCAUGUGCAUCGAAGACAACAUCCAGAGGAAGGGCACCCAGUAA